AUGGACAACCCCCUGCUCGCUAUGCUCAAGCAGGCAGCGACAGGCCCCCCACCGGCCGUCGUCUCGCCCCCGGCGCAAGGCAUUGCGCCCACUUCAUCAACGUCGCCGGGCCCAUCCAACCUCCAGCCCGUCAGCCUCGAUGACUUGUUCAAGAGCAUCUCGCAGCCUGCAAGCCGCUCCAUGCCUGGGCCCAGUGGCCUCCCCGCUCCCCAGCAGCAGCAGGUCGUCACGCCCCCAACCGCCGCCCCCGUGCCCGUUGCCGUCGCUUCGUCGUCGUCGCCGGGUGUCGCCGCCGGCACUGGCCCACAGCACCAGGCCAAGCUCCUCGGCAUGCUCUCGCUCGGCAAGGCGUCACCGGCGUCGUCGACCGACAGCCGCCCGCCCUCGGGUGUGCCGUCGAAUGGGUCGCGUGAGAUGGACCGCAAAAGCUCGCUUUUAAACGUCCUCAAGUCGCCCCUCGCUGCUCCUCCCCCAGCCCUCGCAGAGCCCGUGAUCACGCACCCGGUCGAGCUGCCUGCCAGCAUCGUCUCCCCGCCGCCCCUGCUCUCGCCUGCCAACUCGCACUUUACCCCAGUGCCCAUCCCACCGUCGGCGGCAGCGCCCAUCCCCCUCGUCCCCGCUGCGGCCUCGUCACCGGCGCCUCCCAAGUCGAUGUUUGACUUUGUCUCGCCGUUUGACGCCUUUGCGCCUCCCAAGACUCGUUCCAACGCUGGAUCGGUGUCGGCGGUCAACUCGUCCGUGGGCCACACGGCCCCGACGUCCCCCGUCAAGGCGCCCAGCACCAUCUCGCCCGCCCCGGUCUCUGCAGUCUACUCGCCUCCUCCUGCGCUGUCGCCUGCGCUCGUGAGCCCGCCCGUCGUGACUCCCCCGGCCGUCGCCCAGCUCGACCAGGUGCGGUCGCGCUCCCCGGCGAACAAGCAGGUCCAGGCUUCUGUGGCCUCGCCCGCUGCCACGCCCACUGCCGCCACGCCCAACACAAAGGGCAAGAACGACCUCGGCCUGCCUUGGCUCGUGGGCAAGGUUGCCAAGAAUGCCGUCGGCAGUGGCCCCAAGUCUCUCGCUCCGGGUUCCAUCACCAUCGACCUGUCCAAGCCCAACGUGGACGCGCUCAUUAACGCACCUGGCACCGUCCAGGUGACCCCCAUGACCAUCAUGAAGGCCGAGAACAUUGGUUUCCACCGCGGCCGUACCGUCGCCUCCACCAAGGGCUGGGUCGCAUACACGCUUUCUCGCGGCCGCGUGCGCCUCAUUGAGCGCAACUCUGGUGCCCGCACCGUCCUCCAGCUCGAGGCCACGGGCCCCAUCCUUGACAUUGCCGCCACGGCUGGGGGUCUGGCUGUUGUCGCCUCGGACGGCUCGGUGGCCGUCUUCACUGUCCCGACAUCUUGGGAACGCGACGACCCCACCUGCCCGCUCAUCUUCUACCUCGGCCCCAUCGACGAUGACAGUGUCCCCGAGACCCUCGGCGACGUAAACCACGUCGAGUGGGUGCGCAGGCCCGGUACCAAUGGCGACUCGCUCGCCAUUGGCGGUACUGAAGGUGUGAUCAUUGUGCGCCCCGCCGACUAUGCCGAGCAGCCCAGCGUCGACGCUCGCGAGAUCAUGACGGCCAACAAGGUCCUCAAGACCAACGGCCCCCUGGUAUCGUUCUGCCUCAACAGCACUCACCAGGCCAUUGGUCUGCUGUCCACCUCGAGCCACUUCUGCCUCUACUCGGUGCUCAACCUCAACCGCGUGUGGAACCGCCAGUUGCCCUCAAACGCGCACAGCCUCCCUCCCUCGAGCGUGCAUUUCUGCGAGGCCAACAUCCUCGUCGGCCGCGCCAACGACACGCACUUUGACUUGGUCCAGAUCACGAUCGAGCUGGCCAUCCUGUCGUCCAUCCAGUUUGUCGCUCCCAAGCCGUCGCCUGCCGCCCUCGACUUUGCGCACGCCGAAUACGACACGGAGCGCAGCACACUCAUCGUCGUCCCCUUUGCGCGAGGCUCGGCGUUUACCUUCCGGUACGCGCUCAAGGGCCAGGCGCCGCUCCGCUACCUGCACGCCGACACGUCGGGUGUCACGGCGUUUGACAGCAUGGCCGAGCUUCCCCUCGACAGCGUGCUCUCGUUUGUCGCCGGCGCCAACACCGACGGCGACGUCGAGCUGUUCUACUCGACGCCCACGGGUAUCAGCCAGGCAAGCAUUGACAAGGACGUGUUUGGCGGCGCCGUGACUCCCGUCAAGCCCGCUCCCGCUGUGCCCGAGCCAAAGGUCAAGAACGAGAAGAAGAAGGACAAGAAGGACAGGGCUGCUCCUGCUCCUGUUGCAGCUCCUGUGGCCGCUCCUGUGACCGCGCCCGUGGCCGCUCCAGUCCCCGCUCCUGCCCCUGCGUCUCCUGUUACUCCUGUGGUGGCCACGGUUGCUGCUGUGUCUGUUGUGGAAGUGGACGAGGGCACCGCGACCCCUCCACCAGUCGUUGCUGCUGCUGCUGCUCCCGCUGCCGCCGGCAUCUCGUCUGACGAGUUCACCAAGGCGCUCAAGAAGACCGAGGACAAGCUGUCCAACCUCAUCAAGCAGACUGUCUCAAACGAGCUCAAGACCCUCGCGUCCCGCCUGGACGCCGACAAGAACCUGGUCGCGAGCGUCAACUCGUCCAUUGGCGAACACCUCAAGCAGCACUUGCCCGCCAUUGUGUCGGACGAGUUCAAGCGCGUCCCCAUCCAGGCCGAGGUGCGCUCGGCCGUCUCGGCCCAUGCGCCUGCGGCGAUCGAGCAGUCGCUCCAGGGUGUGAGCCGCGACAUUGAGCGUGCCAUCGCCCCUGUUGUGCCGCGCACGAUCGCGACCGUUGUCCAGCCCGCAGUGGAGCAUGCCGUCCAUGACGCCGUGCAGACCAUCCUCGUCCCGGCCCUGUCGCAGGCGACUACCCGCGUCUACGACCAGCUCGUCUCGGACCUCAAGUCUGAGAUGCUCCAUAUCCGCAAGGACGUCAACGCCGACCAAGGCGACGCGCUCAAGGCCACCAACGCCAUGAUCCACUCGAUGGCCAACAGCGUCAGCGAGCUCCAGCAGCAGGUGUCCGCGUUGUCGAAGCAGCUGGCCAAGUUCCAGGCUGCCGCCCCAGCUCCUACGUCGUCGCGUGACACUUCAGCAGCACCACCUGCAUCCUUCGUGUCCGCACCUGCACCGCCCGCCCCCAUCGCCCCCAUCGGCACCCAUCCUGCGCUGUCGCUGUUGUCGCCCCCGGUCCAGGCUGCUCCCGCACCCGCCCUCGUGGCCCCGGCCCUCCCGCCCAACCUCGAGGACACGUUCCUCACCGCCCUCCAGCGCCAGACAACGGGCGCGACCCUCCAGCUCGUCCACGACAAUGCCCCGCGUACGGACCAGAUCCUGCCCCUGCCCCCCAUCCAAGAGCCCGCUCUCGCAGGCCGUGCUCAUUGCGCUCGUGCACCGCGUGGCCCUCGCGCUCGCCGAGGUCCCGCCGCACGAGCCCAUCUUCCAGACGGCGGCCAUGUGGGAGCGCCGCGCCGUGGUGCUCAUCGACGCGCGCGACCCGAGCAUUGCCGGAUACCUCCCGCGCGUGGUGCCCGUCGUCACGGGCGCGCUGCAGCAGGUGGUGAACAGCCUGUCCCGCAUGCCCGACCCCAUGAGCCAGGCGCACGUCGGCGUGCUCCGCGGCACGCUCGAGGUCAUCAACUCGAAGCUCGACUCCGGCACCAACCCUCGCGCAAGUCUGUUGUCCAGUACGCCCCCUCCCACCAUGGCCGACCACUGUAUAGCGGUCGACACGCGCAGUCGGGCAAAAGCAAAGAAGGCGCAAGAGGUUGA